UCGCGUGCGUGGUGCAGGUUCAAUUCUCUUUUUGUGGGACUGUCGCAGUUUCGCGCGUAGUUGUUGUCAGUGUUCAGCCAUUUGGGCCCCUCCAGUUCAUUGCACAAAAUCUUCUGUUAGUAACAAAGCCAGCCAGCAGUGUGUGUGUGUGUCUUGGGCCACUGGGCCCUCAUUGAUUCUGUUUAUUUGUCAACUGCAAAUUUAGUUGUCUGCUCGGUUGUGUUUCGAUUAUAAGGUUAUAUGGCGCAUAUAUAUGGUGCGUGGAACACACAAUGGUGAGAUGGAGAAUCGCGAUUUUACACUGACGGCCGGCAUUCCGUCCCAGCUGCAGGAGCAGGGAGUCUCAUUCAAAAGUCGUCCGUGCCUUCGCUUCAGUCUCGCCUAAGAGGUAGUAGCUAGCGCCUAUCAACCAGCAGCACACCGGCCAGCAGACCGCACCGUCAAGGUCGAGAGCUCGCUGGGCAGAGAAGGGCGGACCACCACGCCAUCACCACCAAUCCAACAACCUGUGCUUGUCGUCAUGGCGCUCGAUUUUUUGGCUGGCUGCAUCGGCGGUUGCGCCGGAGUGGCCGUUGGCUACCCGUUGGACACUGUCAAGGUUCGGUUGCAAACGCAGGAUGCGAGAAAUCCUACCUACCGUGGAACUUUCCACUGCCUGCAGACUAUCGUGCAGCAAGAGUCGGUGCGAGGCUUGUUUAAAGGGAUGUCAUCACCCAUGGCCAGCGUGGCCGUCAUCAACGCCAUGAUCUUUGGCGUGUACGGAAACGUCCAGCGACGGCUGAACGAGCCCGAGUCGCUCCGCUCUCACGCCCUGGCCGGCUCGGUGGCUGGACUAGUCCAGAGCUUCGUCUGCAGCCCGAUGGAGCUGGUGAAAACCCGCAUCCAAAUCCAAGAGCAAGUCUGCACCAACGGUGUCCAGCUGUACAAGGGGCCAGUGGACUGCGUCCGCCAGAUCUGGAAGGCCGAAGGGAUCCGGGGCAUUUUCCGCGGAUUAAACAUCACCAUCGCCAGAGAGAUUCCGGCCUUUGGUCUCUACUUCGCCAGCUACGAGGCCAUGACUCGGCGCAAAGAUGCCACCCAGCCGCUGGGCACGUUUCACAUGCUGAUGGCCGGAGGAGCCGCCGGAGUCGUUUCCUGGCUCUUCACUUAUCCCAUCGACUUUCUCAAGUCUCGUCUGCAGGUGGACGGUCUGGCCGGCGAUCGGGUCUACAAGGGAAUAGGCGACUGCAUCGCCAAGACGUACAGGAGCGAAGGCAUUCACGGAUUCUUCCGCGGGAUGCCGACGACGCUGAUCCGCUCCUUCCCCGUCAACGCCGUCACCUUCUCCGUCGUGACGUGGAUGUUGCGCUGCUUCGAUCCGUCGCCGGAGAGCAGCAGCGUCACCUACCAGGACGCCUCCACCCUGCAGAGGCCGGAAUCGCUCGUCGCCCACGCCGAUCACCACCACAUGCUGAGCCGGAUGCGAGACCAGAACGAGUGGCUGGCCGACUUCCAGUGGAAGCCGCUGGCCCCAGUGCAGCUCGUGUUGGGCGGCGGCCCGGCUUCGGUCGGCAUCCGCAACUACACGAUUCACUGCCGCUGCAACGACUGGUUGAACGGCGCCGUGAGUUCUCUCGUUCAUUUGAGUCAAGUGCACAACAUCGGCGCCGUCGGCUGGCCCACAGAUCCAGCAGCAGCAGCAGCCAACUCUGCAGUGGAGAAACAGGCCGGCCUGUUGUUGGGCUGUCGCUGCGAAGAAACGGACGAAAAAGACAACACACGUCCGCCUGCUGUCCAGCACGUCGUCAGUCCACAACCAACAACUGCUGCCGAUUCGUCUUACGCAUCUGCAGCGGCGGCGGCCGUGGCCGUCUGUUCGGCCGUCUGCUGCCCGGCCGUCGAGGAGCUGGCCUAGUCCAGUCCAGCGUUUCCUAUCAAAAAGCCACUGAUCACCACAAGUUGAACUUUGUUGUUUAGUCUCUCCUAGUUGUUUUCUUCUCACGAUCGACUAAUUGCAUUCGAGUGGGCGUGGUGUGUUUUAAUUCAAUCGACACAUUUUUAUGUUUCAGAUUUUUCUUCUUUUCUCAUCCAGCUCUUUUUUCUAUACUUCCUAUACUCUCCUUUCUAUUACUACAAGACAAAUUUCUAUGUAUAGAAUGCCUCUGAUUUUUGUACACCAAUUUUUGAUGGAAAUCCCUGUUACCUUGAGCGUUAUGUUGACAUGCGUGUGCAAUAGGAAAUGAUCUUAUAACCAGUGCAGAGCUAUAGGAAAGUAACGAUUAAAUAAGUGUGUCACAGGCCGAACGAUUCAAUUCACUUUUGGCCUUGAGUGCUGUGCUGUGUGUGCUGUGCUGAUGGUGUAUACGUGCAACGUGUAUAACUAGUGCAAGGCACAGCGUCGCCAAACACGCGAGAUUGAUCCUACUAUAUUUCGACUCGAUGACGUGCACUGUUCGGCGUACGUGGUUCGUUCUCUGACUCCUAGAGUGAAUUACUGAAUUCUUUUUCUAUUCUCUUCUUGCCUUAAUAUCUUUGUGCUCUGUUAUAUUAUCAUAUUAUAUUAUGGUUUUUUUUUCUUUUUCCGGUUUUUCUCAUUAUGUGUUGGUUAUUAAUUAUGCGGUCCGUUCAUCAGGUGUCAAUGCUCGGGCUGUGAUUUUUUCUUAUCUCCAUACAUUUACAUUUCUGCCCAUUCCCCGUUCGUUGUUCCCUGCUGGUUUUCAUGCUGCCGUUUCCAUCGAUUUCUUCCAACACCACCAAAACUAUCUGAAACAUGUUUUUUCGCGCGAAAUUCAAAUGUUGUUACUUGCAUUUGAAUUCAGUUCCGUCUUUAUAUUUUAAUUUUGUAUAUCGUUAUCAACCUCACUGAAUGACGACGGGUUCGAACUCUUUCAUUGAUUAUUAUUAUAUGAAAUUCUAUUUUCUCAGUUGGACUUAUUAUAUAUUGCCCUAAUUCAAUGUGAAAUACCAGUCCCAUGUAACUGACGCGGCGCACUAUAUUUUAGCUUCACCUAACAUAUAUAUAUGAUUCGUUCAGUUCGUGUGCAUCUUUUUUGUUUUUGGCAAAAUUUCUAUGUAACGUGCCUUUUGAAAUGUACGGCCAUUUUAUUAUCUCUCCCCCACAAAAAAAAAAGAAAAAAAAAAGAAAAAAAGAAAAAAAAACGAAUAAAGUCAAAAAUACAAAAAAAAUUAAAAAUUACUCAUUCAAAUUCAAAUUAUGAUUUAGAGAUUUGUAUUCGAAAUCAGACUUCAAACGUGUACACUUGUAUCAUUUUUUUGUCCUUGAAAUGUUUAGAAAAAUGGUGAAAAAAGGAUAAACAUUUGAUGUGUGAUGGAAUGAAUGACGCAAGUGCUUCUGUUCUACAUAAUUGUGUGGGGUGGUUAUACUUGUAAAGUUUGUUAUUAGUUAUAUUAAUUACAUGAAGAACACCUGCUA